AUGCUUCCAAUUUUGAGUGCUGUUUUUGGUUUGUUUCUGAUCGUAUUCGUUCAUCGUGAGAUAGUGAGGGACGGUCGCGGAGGAUUUCCCUUCGUGCAGCAGCUGCUGGAGCUGAUUGACGAUGAACUGGGGUUGAAACUGGCUACCCGCAGAUCGCACCCUCGUCGCAAGGAACACAACAGCGGGGCUUCCAAGCGAGGGCACCGGCGUCACAGAAGGCACCGCAGUUCGGCGUCGAUGAGUGCCGACCAACCGGAAGCUACGUCUAUUAAAAACAUGAACAGCCUCCGUAGGUCGUUCGAAAAGUAUGCAUCGAAGAAGAGGAAGACACCGAAUGGGAAACGACAGAAGUUUUGGUCGAAAUUGCUGAAGUACAGCAGUUUUUCAGAUGGGUCUGAAAAGAGAUGGUUCGGUACUGGCAAGAACAAAGGACAACAGACAGAACCUUCAAGAAAUAAGCCGAAGAGUCCGAACCUCGAGCAACGACAUCUGACAUGCAGUGCCGCGACGCCCCACCGUCACCAUCAUUACCGUAACAGCAGGCGCGCUGAGCGUGAUAUCUGGCCUUCGAAUAAAGCGAUAGUUUCAGCCUAG